AUGGACGAUCUGCCUCCGGAAGUAGUGAGCCAUAUCCUCUCAUACUCGCAUGAAGACAGUGCCGCUGCCCUCGUCACCAAACGUCUCGUAUGCCAGCAGUGGCGCGGUCUCAUCGACACCUGCACCUCCAUCUGGGCCCGGUUCAGAGAGUUGAGCAUCAGUGACAGCAAGAUGACCACCGCUGAAUUGGAGCACCGCUGCUCCUUCAUGGUGCGCCCCGAAAAGAUCAGGCUGGUGAGGUGCCCCAACAUCACCAUCCACGCCCUGUCUGGUCUCCUUUCGUCACGCCAGAAUGGACACCUCAGGGAGAUCUGCAUCGAGAACUGCCACAAGAUCACCUCCAAGGACCUGUCCCUCAGCGAUAUCAUCGCCACUUGCCCACAGCUGGAGAGUCUCACGUUCAUCAGCAACAACCACCACCAGGAGAGCAAGAUCCCCUUCUCCCAGUGGCACCAGCGCGAGGAAGAGCUGAUCCACGCACUCAAGCAGCGUUGUGCAGACAACCCCCUCAAGCUCCUCAGAACGAAUGUGGUGCGGUCGACCAAGGCGCUCCUCGAGACCGCCACCAUCCACUGCCAGCGCUUCGAGUGGGAGGACAUGGACCGCGGCAGGCCUGAUCUCGGCCAGUACUUCACAAGGGACGUGCUCUGCCGCGUCAACGACCCCGAUGACUACUACAACUACUGUGAGGGCAAACCCGAACUGGGCUGGAGCCAGUCCAUUGGUCCCGACAACUGUGGCGGUUCGUUGAGGAAGAUCGGCUCGCAGGACCAUUACACCUUCCGCUGGAGUAAAGCCGGGGCUUGCCCCUCGGUCACCCUCGAGAAGAAGCAGCUGUUGAUGUUGAGCGAUGAUGGCUUCGCCAGCCUGAUGGACGCCGAAGGCAACGUGAGCGAGGACACCCUCAUCCCGCACCAGCUGCGUCCACGCCUUUACCGCGCCCUUGCCCAAGGUGAAGAAGACGUGUGGCUUUCCUUCCUCUCCACUCCUGAUUUUGGCACUGUCCUCUUCGGCGCGAGCACCGGCCACGACGCUUACCUCUUCGAGUAG